AUGAACGGAUCGUGGACAUACGCCGAUGGAACGCCGUUGGGCUAUCAAAAUUGGGCUUCAAAUGAGCCUAAUAACACAAAUAAUGCGACUUGUGCAAAAAUGUAUGGAGGUACAGGACAGUGGUUUUCCUCUCGUUGUGGUGCUAAUGCUCCUGUUCUUUGUACCAUCAGCGAAGCAAACCAGCUCAAAUGCCCCCAAAACUGGACUUAUUACACGGACCAUUGCUAUUAUAGACAGAACUCCACUUACCACACCAACGGCAGUUAUGCGCUCUACUCGUUUGUCGAAGCUGAACAAGAAUGUCAGAAACUCGGGGCUCAUUUGGCCUCGAUUCACAGCAACGACGAGAAUCUUUUCCUAUUGAGACUAGCUACGGAUUUUCAUUGGAUUGGUUACCGUGGAAAUGGGACUCUUGGAACGGGAAACUGGACUGAUGGCUCGAAAGAUGAUUUCUUUGGUGGAAACAUCUGCGGAUUAAAUACGGGCGGUGGAUGGAACUGGCAUGACUAUGAUCGAGAUUCUAUUGCGAGAGACUCGAGCUUUUUCUGCAAAAAGCGCUCAAAUCAACUUCGGAAA